AUGUUCCGACGAAUACCCAACACCUUCAACCUCCUCGUUGUCAUAUACGUGGCUCUGGGGAGCACAACAUGCAGUUACUCACUCGCCGUCACCGGUAGCACUUUGGGUCAACCGUCGUUCUAUCAGACUCUGGACUUGGUGCCGCCAGGUCAACCAGGCUACGGCGGCACAGCAAAUCUGAUCUCCGGCUUCAAUGGCGCCAACGCCGGUGCCGGCUUUUUGGGCUGCCUGUUCGUCUCUUGGUUCGCCGACUGGGCUGGGCGGAAACGUUCCAUCCAGCUUGGCUGCUUGAUUGCAAUCAUUGGCGCCGCGAUCACAGCUGGAUCUGUCAAUCCGGGCAUGUUCAUCGUCGGUCGUCUGAUCAGCGGGCUAUCGACAGGAAUUCUUGUCACAGUGAUACCCAUGUAUCAAAGCGAAGUCUCAACACCAGCCUCUCGCGGAUUCAUGACUUGCAUGCAUGGGGUCAUGUUUGCUGUGGGCUACUCACUGUCUGGCUGGAUCGGGUACGGCUGCUACUUCUCCUCGACUAGCUCAACGUUCGGCUUCCGGUUCCCACUCGCCUUUCAAGGGUUCCCGCCGCUCUUGCUGCUUGCAGGUUCCAAGAACGUUCCAUUCAGUCCACGCUGGCUCCUUCAACAGAACCGUUUUGAUGAAGCUCUUACCGUCUUACUGAAGCUACACAGCUCAAAGCAAGACCCCGAGGGUCAUGAAGCAAAACGUGAAUUCUACCAGAUGCGGAAGCAGCUUGAGCUCGAUCGUUCUAUCCGAGCAGAGACGGGAGCAUUCGAAGUGUUCCGCACGCCGUCGAAUCGCAAGCGUGCGCUCUUCUCCUUCGGCCUGAUGUUUGGGAAUCAAUUCACUGGUGUGCUGAUUAUUGCCAACUAUGGCGUCGUGCUGUACGAAGCCAUUGGCUUCUCAGGUAGCAUGCCGUUGCUACUGAACGCCGUUUGGGUGUCCAUCACACUUCCCCUGAACAUUUUUACCGCGUUGUAUGUCGACCGAAUUGGGAGGAAGAUCCUGUUGCUGGUCGGAUUGGCGGGCACCACGAUGAGCAACAUUUUCGAGAUCGCGUUGCAAGCGACGUUCGUGGGUAAAGUACCCGAGAACACAGCGGGAUUGAACGCAGCCAUUUUCUUCAUCUUCCUUUUCAUCUUCUUCUGGGCUUCUUGCCUGGACGCUACGCAAUUCGUAUAUGCCUCAGAGAUUUUCCCAACACACAUCCGCUCCCAAGGCACAGCAAUAGGCAUGGCUGGCCUCUUCUGCGGCACACUUGUCGUCCUGGUCGCCGGCCCCAUCGCUUUCAACAACAUCGGCUGGAAGUUUUAUUUCAUCUUCAUCUUCCCACCAACGAUACAAUUCAUCCUGAUCUAUCUCUUCUUCCCCGAAACAAAGCAGCGAUCACUGGAAGAUAUUGCGGAGAUCUUUGGUGAUAAGCUCGCUGUGCAUUACUUCCAACAGAGUGCAGAGGAGCAGGCUAUGUAUGCACAGGCCGAGCUGGAACUGGAUGAGAAGAAGGGUGCAGGAUUGGGAGUGGGUGUGAUAGGAGCUGGCAAAGAGGGUGAACAGGUCGAGGAUGUCGGCAAGCGGUAUAAGUGUUGGUGCCUCGACGAAGCAGACAGCAUCGCACUUGCCUCACCACGUUCUUGA